UGCAUUCGGCAAGACUCGGCUUCUCUCCUUUACUCGUAAUCCUCCUCUCGGUUUCUGAUUCAUGUGGGCGUCUGUCACCCAUAGCCACCUUCAAAUUCUACGCUACUGUCGUGCUUUCCUUCCACGUAGCCCUAAACCUCUCCCUCUUCUUUUCCUUCCCAGCCUAACGUUCAUGGACAACAGAACCACCACCACCACCACCAAUUCCUUCGCUCCUUUUGCCCGUAAUAACAGAAGUGGUGAUGGUAGAGGAGGAGGCUGGGAGGUGAAAGAUGAGGGAGAGAGGUCGAGAGGUCGCGGCGGAGGAGCAAGGGGCCGUGGUGGUGGCUCUGGCAAAGAUAGAGUUGAUGCACUCGGUAGAUUAUUGACACGUAUAUUGCGGCAUAUGGCUUCUGAGUUGAAUUUGGAUAUGUGGAGUGAUGGAUUUGUGAGGGUUAAUGAUAUUUUAAAGCUGAACUUGAAGACAUUUGCUAAUAUUCCAUUGAGCUCACAUACUGUUGAUGAGAUCAAGGAGGCUGUCAGAAGGGAUAAUAAGCAGCGUUUCAGCCUCUUGGAAGAAAAUGGGGAACUUUUGAUACGUGCAAACCAAGGCCACUCAACAACGGUAGUUGAAACCGAAAGGUUAUUAAAGCCAAUCCUUUCAUCUGAAGAAGUUCCAGCUGCAGUAUGCGUGCAUGGAACUUAUAGGAAGAAUUUGGAUUCAAUAUUAGAAUCUGGUCUGAAGUGCAUGACGAGAUUGCAUGUACACUUUGCAAGUGGCUUGCCAACAGAUGGGGAAGUGAUCAGCGGUAUGAGACGGGAUGUUAACAUUUUGAUCUUUCUUGAUGUCAGAAAAGCUUUAGCUGAGGGAAUGAAGUUCUACAUUUCAGACAACAAGGUGAUCUUGACUGAAGGCUUUGAUGGUGUUGUUUCAGUCAAGUACUUCGAGAAAAUAGAAUCGUGGCCUGGUAGAAAGCCCAUAGCUUUUUGAACUUGGUCAUUCAUUUAUAUUCCAUCUUCCCUUUGCCUUUUCUUUUUUGGAAGGUUGUUUACCUUCAUAACAUGGUGUAGUUCUCAUUUCUUUUUGCCUUUUUCCUUUUUUUUUUUUUUUGGUUGUAACACUUGCCGCAUAAGCUGGUGGAAAUGAAAUUACUGCUUCUGAUGUUCAAGAUU